AUGAAAGAAAGUACAAAUCCCGCCCAAAUUGGGGACGAAAACCUAUCUUCGACAAUGGAUGAUCGGGCGAAACGAAUCUGCGAUGAGUGUGGAGUUUCUCGAGAAGAAGCAAUCUAUUACCUCGACGGAUUCCUAUGGGAUGUGGAUGCAGCGAUAGAGGCUUGCCGCAGCCAAACCUUGCAGCUUCCGUCGCUCACUCUUGAAUCUUCGCCGGGGAACGAGAAAUCCGCGCCGGAGGCUCCGUAUAAACCGCCAUUGAUGACCGAUUCACGCCCGAGUUCGAGUCAGCCGCCGAAUCAAUUGAGAAAUGAACUUAUCAAAUCGUUCUGCGAAGCGGCUUUUGGUUUUGGAGCGACUGUAGAAGAGGCAAUCCAGUACCUCGAACGCAGAGAUUGGGAUCCGAACAAAGCCUUUAACUGUUUCUUUGAAGAGCGUCGUCGAACGCCUUCUCAAAGGAAGUCGAAUCCGCAGACUUAUCGUCCGACGACUGGGCGAUCGAAUACGAAGCUGACGAUUGGGCGAUCGAAUUCGCAGGACGCAUCUCCAUUGAUGGGAUUGGCAUCGAGUUCGCAGUCGUAUCAGAAGGGGUUCUCUGGGGAUAAAGCAUCCAUGGCGGAGGCGAAAUCGGAGUUGAUGCAGGACUUUUUGAGGAGAUUACCUCUACCAUCGCAGUUUCAAAAUCACUUGACAGAAGGCCAAAGCAGUGGGAAGGAGGUUGAUCCGACAGGGUCACUCGAAGAAGGCGGUGGAGAAUAUAUCCCUGAAGCUAGACCUCUAAUGGCGUCAACUCAUGUGAAGAUUCAAGAUAUUCAGGAAAGUACAAGUCUCGCCCAAAUCAAGGAAGGAACCCUUUCGCCGCCGAUGGUGAGCGAGGAAUCCCCUGAGGCUCAGCCAUCGCCAACGGUGAGCAAUUUAAGUAUGAGUUCUGGUCAGCUUCCGGAUUCGCCUGAACAACCGUGUCAACUGAAACGGGAAUAUAUCGACUCAUUCUGCGAAGCGGCGGGUGGAUUUACUCGAGACGAAGCAAUCGCUUACCUUAGACUCUGCAACUGGGAUGUAAACCAAGCCGUCGGCUGUCUCAUAGAAGAUGAUCCGUAUGAGGAAGAAACAUCGGAUGUUCAGGCUUCACAUGGUUCCCAAAAUCAAGGUUACUUGGAAGAAGACGAAACCGGGAGCUUUUCUAGUUCUAGGAUCGCUAAACUUCCAUAUCUAAACUUGUGCAGUCCGAUUAAUGCUGGCUCGAGCGAGACAGGAAACGUCACCGUAGCUAUUCCUGGAAAUGUGUCGUCUCACGUGGAAGUAGAAAAUUUGAAGGAUAAUGGUGUUGAAGAAGAUUCAAGCACGGAGAUAACCCAUGUUCCUAUUACUACUACAAUAGAAAUCUGGAUGGCUGAUGGUGGGUCCGGGACACAGGCAUGGAUUCCUUUUAGAUCAGACCAAACCGUCAGAGACAUCCGCAAUAGUGUUGAAGCGCUAAGUCCAGCAGCUAACAACAGAGACUACUAUUUCAAGUCUGAUACUGGAGUUGAGUACAAGGAUUUGAAUACAACUGUGCACACUAUUACUUCUGGUUCUCGUGGUUCUACAACACUCCACCAGUUGUACUACACUUAG